AACACUGGGACAUACAACCUCCUUAUCUGUGGACUUAGGAGAAGCUAAAUUUUCACUCCAUGCUGUUUCAUGCUCUGGCUGUCUGUUUGUCUGUCCCAUGCUGCAUGCUCUCCGUCUGUCCCCACACAGUGCCCUCGCUCUCUUUGCAUCUCAUGCUGUCUCUCUGUCCCCGUGCAAUGCUCUAUCUCUUUUUGCAUCCUGUCUGUCUGUCCACACACCGUGCCCUGUCUGUCCUGCCCCUUCCUAUCUUUGGCUCUCGGCACGCCUUGUGCCUUGCACAUGUUCCCAAUCCAUUGGGACAGAUUAACACGGCCCAGCGCUGCCCUGGGUCCGGCGGUGUCGGAGUGCGCAGGAAAAUCUGAGUCACGGCCACGGGCGCCGUGGGGCUGGUGGCACAAAGCUGUGCUGCAGGGACACUUCAGGGACUCAGGGCCAUGGCAGAGCCGGAGGAGGAUGAAGAGGACAAUGCAGCAGCUUUGGAGCAGCUAAUGGUGCAGGCAGGCCGGGCACUGCAGUGGCAGGAGCUGGAGGAACAGUUCUGCGUGCUGGGCGAGCUGGGCAGCGGAACCUAUGGCCAUGUGGUGCUCACUGAGCCCCGGGAUGGUGGCUCGCCAGUGGUCCUCAAGCUGAUGCUGAAGGAACGGACAGAACGAAGAGCUUUCCUGCGGGAGUAUUGCAUAGCCCGGUGCCUCUCUGGUCACGCUGCCUGCAUCCAUGCCCUCCCCCUUGCCUUUGAGAACUCCACGCAUUUUGCCUUUGGGCAGGAGCUGGCUCCCGCUGGGGACUUGUGCAACCUUCUCACACCAGGGGAGGGCCUGCCUGAGGUGCUGGUAAAGCGCUGUGCCUCUCAGCUGGCCGAGGCACUGGAUUUCAUGCACAGCCGGGCCCUGGUGCACCGGGAUGUCAAGCUGGACAACGUGCUGCUCUUCGACCACGAGUGCCGCCGUGUGAAGCUGGCUGACUUUGGGCUCACCCGCCUGCAGGGUUCGGAAAUUGGUGCCAUGUCUGGCGCGCUGCCCUACGCUCCGCCGGAGCUCUGCUUGCUGCAGGGCUCUGACACACUGGAGCUGGACUCCAGCCUGGAUGUUUGGGCUUUCGCUGUGCUGCUCUUCUGCCUCUGCACUGGCUGCUUCCCUUGGGCUGUAGCUGCCAGCCCUGACCCCCAGUUUGAAGCCUUCAGCGCUUGGCAGGGUGACACGGUGGGACGGGAGGCACCAAAGUCUUGGGGUGGCUUUGAGUGUGGGGCACAGGAGAUGCUGCAGCGCCUGCUGCGGCUCGACCCUGACCGCCGCAGCCCAGCCAUCGAGGUGCACAAGUACCUGGCCGUGCCCUGGUUAACAGCACCCAGCAGCAGGGAUAGGACCGAUGGCGCUGAUGGGCCGGGGGCGGUGGAUGGUGAUGGACGUGGAGGGGGGGAUGGUGAUUCACACGGAGUGGUGGAUGGUGGCCCUCAUUCACCCCUUGCUAGGGGUUCAGGGGAUGAUGGGGAGUGCGGUGACAGCAGUUACGGGGAGGGGAACAGCGUGCCCACAACACCCGCCAGCGCCAUGGCCCUGUGCCACUAGCUGGCAUUUCCAACAUGGCACGGAGGUGUCCUUGGGGGUGUGGGUCUUCUUCUUCUUCUUGGAAUGCAGCACAGAAUGGAAGUGGAGCUGGAUCCAAAUGCACGUGGAGAAGAUCCAAAGGAGGCCACAAGGAUGCCCGGAGGGCUGGAGCAUCUCUUCUAAGGAAAGAGGCUGAGAGAAUUGGGCUUGUUCAGUCUGGAGAAGACUCCAGGGAGAUCUCAUUGCAACCUUCCAGUACUUCAAGGGAGCUUAUAAACAGGAGAGGGAAUGACUUUUUGCACAGUCUGAUUGUGAUAGGACAAGGGAGAAUGAUAUUUAACUAAAGAGGGAAGAUUUAAGUUAGAAGUUAGGAGGAAUUUCUUUGCUCAGAGGGUGGUGAGGUGUUGGAACAGGUUGCCCAGAGAAGCUGCAGUUACUCUAUCCCUAGAGGUGCUCAAGGCCUGUUGGAUGGAUUCCUGGGCAACCUGGGUGGCAACCAGCUUGUGGCAGGGAGUUGGAAGUAGAUGGGCUUUAAGGUCCCUUCCUAGCCAAGCCAUUCUAUGAUUCUGUGUUUCUUGUGAGCUGGAAGCCUUGGACUCCACUUGGUCCCCUGGGUGAGAACAUCAGGGGCAGGAAGCCAAACCAGGAGCACGCUGUGGCAGGGGGAGGAGAAGAAACACCUCAGGCUGUAUUUGGAAGAGGUCAGGGACCCCAACCCCACACUUUGCACCCUAUUAACACAUACAAUGGCAAAGCACCCGAGCAACAAACAAGCAAGAGAAAGCCAAGUAAAGAGCAGCCAACAGGACACAGAGAAAUGAGAGGAGAGCAGUCAGUCAAAAUUGUUAAGGCUGGUGCAACAGCUUGGUGGAGGUGGGUGGUAAAACUGCUCAUCAGUUCUGCAGGGGAACCCAGAAAUGGAUCUGACAUUCACUCCUUUCAUAAGUGUGUGAGGAGGAUGUCAGCCUGCUGUGAUUAGUUAAGAUGCCAAAGGAUUUCCUUGGGAGUAAUGAGGUGAGGAGACAAAUGUAAGCACUCCAGGCACACAGAUAGGUUGGGAAGAGCUGUGGGGCAAAUUCCUAGUGCUUGAGGGAGAGAUCAACCUGGAAUACAGCUCCCUCUGAACAACUCCCUCUCAUGGCUCUGCCAAAGGUGGAAAAUUUGCACUGAGAGGAUGGGAUGUGGAUAUACAACAGAGACAGAGGGAGAGCAUAUUGGAUUGGCUCUGCAUGUGGAAGAUGCUGGCAUGUGAAUGGACUUCAGGGUCCUGAAGGGAUUAAGAUGUUCUUAGCACUCCUUUACCAGGGAAUAUAGCAAUGGGACAAGGGGUAAUGGCUUUGAAUGGAAAGAGGUGAGAUUUAGGUUAGAUAUUAAGAAGAAAGUUUUUGGGAUGAGGGUGAUGAGGCACUGGAACAGGUUGUCCAGAGGAAUUGUAGAUGCCCCUUCCAUGGAAUUUCUCAAGGCCAGAAUGGAUAAGGCUUUGGGAAAUCUAGUGGGAGGUGUCCAUGCCCAUGAAUGGGCUUAGAACUGGAUGGUCUUUAAGGUCUCUUCCAACCCAAACCUUUCCAUCAUCUCUGUGAUUCUAUGGCUAGAAUUCCAUGACUAAACUUUAUGAUCUCAGGCUAAGCAAGAAGAACACUGUUGCACAGUGGAAGGGGAGCUGGAAAUCAGCUGAAAUGCUGAAGCUUAAUAAAACUCUCUGUGUUUUGCCUUUUUUUAUAACUGUUUUCCCACAAGACAGUGGCAGGACAAAGAGGAUUGAUUUUAAAAUAAAAGAGGGAAAAUUUAGGCAAUAUAUUAGGAAGUUGUUUUUUUGAAGUCAGAGGGUGGUGAGGCAAUGGCACAGGUUGCCCAGAGAAGCUGUGGGUGUCCCAUUCCUGGAGGUGUUCAAGGCCACAUUGCACGGCGCCCUGGACAGCCUCAUCUAGUGGGUGGCAACCCUGCCCAUGGAAGGGGGGUUGGAAUUGAAUGGGCUUUUAAGGUCCCCUCCAACCCAAGCCAUUUUAUGGUUCUACGAUCUUUAAUGUUCCUUCCAAUAUAUAAACCUUUGUAUAAUCCCAUUACCUUUAAGAUCCCUUCCGACUCAAGCCAUUCUGUGAUAUUUACUGUCCUUUCUAACAAAAGCCAUUCCACAGUUCUAUGAAGGAAGGGGACAGAGGAGGCACAGGGACGCGGAGGCAGAGCCCAGCAGCUGGGCUGCACGCCAGGCGCCCGAGAUCGGUAGCCGAAAUGCGUGCGGAUGCUUUUCAUUUACACCUGCCUCUCCUAAAUCACAGCCUGAGGGCUCUGGGCCUGCAGGCAGCGACGCCAGGCUGCAGGAAAAUCUCUCAUCCUGCAGAAAAGCUUAUUAAUUUGAGGCUUCACAGGCUGAGAUUUCACCUCUGCAACUUUCAGUGCCCAAAUCCCGGUGAGGUGCCCACAAACCAUCUGCAACCAAAGGGAUGGGGUGGAUUCCUGCAAUCUGUUUCUGAGUUCAUCCCAUGCAGCUUGGCUUUGCAGGUGCAGAAUCCCCCCUGAGCAUUAUGGCUCAUCAUGCUGCAGCCUGCAUGGGAAGUGACAUUCAGUGGGCAAGGGAAUGUUUGCAACAAGUAUUGCAUGGAGGAGUCUGCAGCACAAAGACAGACCUACCAAAAGAGAUCUAUGACCUGGGUCGAAUGGGGCCCUGGCCAGCCUGGUCUAGUAUCAGAUAUGGAGGUUAGCGGCCCUACUUGCAGCAGGGGGGUUGGAGCUUGAUGGUCCUUGAGGUCCCUUCCAACCUAAGUCCUUCUAUGAUCUGCAUGAAUGUGAGUGCCAAGCAAAAAACACAAGAAUGUCAAGCACAAAGAUGUGACCUACUGCUCCUCAGUCACUGAGGCGGAACCAGCAGGAGGCUGCUGAUGCUACGUGCAACGGAGGUGCAGGAUGCUGCAGGUGGUGAUUCCUUGAGCCACCUCCUAGAUUGUGCUGAUCAGUUCCUUUCGCUGGGAUUUGCUCCCUUAUGUGCAAAAAAGAGUAAGAGGGGGUGAUGCAGCCGGGCUGCAGAGCUGCAGGAUUAAAGGAGAGCUCCACAAGGGAUGGAUGUGCCCCAUGUGAUCCAAAGGAGGGUCCUGAAGACCUUUGGGGGAAUGCAACUGUGCAAGAACACCUGGCAUCAGCUGCAAGUUGGAAUGGUUGUAAAUGGUGAAAGCUUAUGGGGCCAGGAUAGGGAAAGCCUCACGGACCCCUAGACUUAGCUCUAGGGUUCCUGUUUUAGGGUGGGCUGUAAUAGCAGAAAGAAGAUAGGAAUAAAACUGGGAUAGAUCAGGUGGAGAGCUACAGCUGGGAGGACCACAGCAUUACCAAGACACAGUGCAACAUAAAUUCAAGCUUUUAAGUGUUCCCAAAUCACCCACAGAGAGUUCUGCUCCCUGAAUGUCCCCAGUCAAAGACCAGACCUCUGGGCAAAGACAAAGCAUCCACUUUUCUUUGUCUCUCCAUGAAGUGAGGCACGCAGGGAUACAAUCAUCCCUUUUGGAAAGCUGCUUUUUGGAAAAAAUGUGCCUUGAGGAAUGAAAGUUAUUUACAAGCUUUGCUCAGCUUCCAGACCUUCGUGUUUGGAAGAAAUAGCUGAUUUCCCUGCCCAUUGCCAGGGAAACGAGCAGACAUGUUGGAUUCCAAGCUCGCUUUCUCAGCAGGAGAAAGUUCUCAGACCUCAGAUAUUAAUGGUAAAAUUAAUACUUAAUAUUUUCACUGCAUGAAAAUGCUGAAAAGAAAGUCUUUCACCGCAUGCUUAUUGUCAUUCAGGCUGCCCUUAUGGGAUCCUUAUGGGACGGUGCAGAGUUACAGAGCUGCUCUUUGUGCCCUCAGAAUUUCUUGAAUGGGUUACUGGCAAGGCCAGUGAUUUAGUGCCAUUUUUCUCGAUUAUUUUUUAUUAAUCCUAAUCUAUUCAUAGUGUUUCUCCUCCUCAAAGGAUAUGAGUGGUGCAGAUAGAGCAGUGUAAUGAAAACUGAGACUCUUCUUCAGAAUGGCAGUGGGUUACUGCAAAAUCCUAUUAUAUCAAUAUAUUAAGUUAUAUGAAGUUAUUAUAAUUUAGUAUUGUAAUAUACAUAAUAUUAUACAUAUAUAAUAUUAUUAUAUUAAGAGUUAUAUUAAGGAUCUGGCGAUUCAGGUCUCUGGGACUGUUUUAUGGGAUCAUGUUGAAACCAGCCCUGCUCUGACAGUCUUCUUGGUGCUUUUCAGAUUUGAACAAUAUCCUUAAACCCAGCUGUGAGCCGUCUCCUUGUCAUCAGUGACAACCAGGAAUGGCUUAUUUUUAAAAUCUCAUCAUUCAUUAAAAUACCUAUCAAAAUAUUUUAUCAAAAUGUUAUUUUUUUAAUCACUGCAGGGGGGGGGGGUUGGAUAAAGACAGUGUCCUUUCUGUUUCCUUUGGUGUUACACAGGCUCCCCCAAGAAGCACAAUGUCCCAACAAGUUCUAAGAAAAGGAGCUUUGGUGCUCAGCAUCCCUGUCUCUUCCAGGCUUGGAGAUGGAAAGAAAGCAGUUGUGCAUGGUGUGGAGUGCAGUUGUAGGGAAAACAUGCUGACUUCUGCAAUUUUCAUCCUUGUUAAACAAAAUUGUGAGAGACAGAGAUGUUAUGAUUACUGCUGAAAGCCACGAAGGCGAUAUUCUACACUUUCUUCAUAUUGCUGUCUUCUUCCUUAUGUUUUCAAGCUUCAGGCUAUGAAAGUGCAUGAAAAAAAGCUGAUUAAUUUCCCUCAUAAACUUUCUUCUUUCCCUGAAGGAGAGAAGAAGCCAAAACUAUGAACUGACUGCUGACUAAAAGGUAGUGAAACUGCUGAUUUCUUAUUUUCAUUGCUCGUGGGUGCUUAGAGACCAAGUUACAGAGAGAGGCCUGGAAGAGCAGAGACACCUUCUGUGCCUUUAUUUACCCCUCCUGAUGAAUUCAAAGGGCUCUUUUUGAAUCCGGAUCCAAGGAGAGCUCACCACCACUAACUGCAGUUCACAGUGCUGAGAUGCAUUUUACAUUUGCAUUUCUUUCACUGGAGUAUAACUCUUCCAUUUUAACAAUUUCAUUGUGCAGAAAGGAGGAAAAAAUUAGGGGUCUAUUUAGAGGACUCACAUCAGGACUGUGAAUAACAAACUGCUGUCAACUGUGGGAGACUGGGUAUUGCAUUUACUGGGCUAUGUUGCAAUCUGGUGAGAAAAGCAACGCAGCAAAUGAGUACAAAGGUUGCCAAGCUGUGCUGAAAUUUCAUUUCUUGUCUUCUUAAAGCUGGAAAGUUCUCUUUCUCAUUUCCUCACAAAUAUCACAGUUAUGGAAUCACAGAACAGCUUGGAAGGGUUUGGAAGGGACCUAAAAUGUGAUCCAGUUCCAAUCCAAGUUGAUAUGCAUUAGACCAGGCUUUCUGGGCCCCCAGUCAACCUUGAAGGUCUCAAGGGAUGGAGCAUCCACAGCUUCUCUGGGCAUCCUGUGCCAGGGCCUGUCCCUUCUGAUUAAUGCACCAUAGAAUUCUUUCUUUUUUUCCACACCCUCACCAAUUUCCACUAUCUGUACAUGUCCUUAUCCCCCAGUUUGACCAUCAGGUCUUUGCCCAGCCAUGCAGAUUUCCUGCCUCUUCUGUUAGUUUUCCUAUACUGGGGACAGAGAGCUCUUGUGCUCUCAGACAGGCAUCUUUAAAGAGUUGCCAGCUUUCCCCUGCUCCUUUGUUUUUAAGGACAGCUUCCCAGGGAAUCCAACUCAGUAAUCCAUUAAAUAGUCCGAAGCUUUCACUCUAAGGUCCUGACUUUGUUUUUUUCCCAGGACCAUCCUCCUCAAGAUCACAAACUCCAUCAGAGCAUGGUCACUACAGCCCAGAGAGGCCUCCAAUCUUAACGUCCUUAAUGAGCUCCUCUCUGUCAAUGAGUACCAAGUUCAGAAACACUGCUCAUCUCUCCUUAUCAUCAAAGCACUCCAGGAGUCUUCGGGAUUGCUUAAAGACUGCUACACUGCUUUCCCAGCCACUGAAGUGCUUGAAAUCCCCAUCAGGAUGAGGGUCUGCAGGCACAUUUCCUGCAGCUGAAGCAAUAAGCCCUCAUCCACAGGCUCCUCUGAUCAGACAGCUGUAGUAGAGCCCCAGAUGUCCUUUAUUGGUCUGGUCCCUCACCAGCUCUCAACCUGAUCAUGGCUGUUUCUCAGAGGCAGCUCUUUGCACUCUAUUCCACUCUAUCCACUCUGUCCAGCUCUUAACACAGAAGUGGAUAUGUCCCCCUAAUCUGCACAGUGUGUUUGAACUGAACACGUUGUAAUGACAAAAAUUGGCAUGCAAUAUUGGUUUGCAAAAUUGGCAUAGAUGUCCAAUAAUCUCUUCCUCAAAAUGUGGCUACACAUGAACUGAGCAAGAGAUGGUGAUACAAGAUCUAAAAAAUAACGUAUAUUCAAGGAAAUUACAUGGAGCCUGGGAGAGCUUGUACAAUGUCCUUUCAGGGCUGGUGAAGAUGCAUAACAUCUUGAGCACCACCGUGGUUUGAGUAGGCCAACAUUCACUAAUUGUGAGGUGCCAGAACUUGUGGAUGUAGUCCUGAGUCUCUGUGUCGUGUUGCUCACUCCUGGACUGCGUUCCUUUUUACCAGGUUAUAAAGUUAUAUUAGAGCUGUUAUAUUAGAACCUACAAUAUGUACCUUCCAAAUCUCCAAUGUCCUUUGCACAGCACGUAACUCCUAUUUAAUUCUCACAUUUGGGUGCCUGUUGGAUUCCUUGGAGUACUUCAGCAUCUGUUUUUCUCCCACCUUUCCAUCUGAUUCCCUCCAAACUUUCUUCCUGAGCAGAUCCCUGUUUCCUUCCCUGAAGAACCCAGACCCAAAGUACUGCAGAUGUGUUGUGACCUUGUGCACAGACUGUUCGCAAGUUUUGCACAGAGGUCACCCAGGAGGACAUGGUCCACAGGUAGCACAACAGCGACCUCCUCUGCUAAUUUUAAUGUUCCCACCUAUUUAGCCGGUGCAGUAUGAGGCCGAACCGGAGCAUUGCAACGGGGAUGAGAGAUACUGUAGGUUUGGAUUUCUCCUCAGGAUGCUCUUUUUCACACUCUCUGGCUCUCCUGCCUUUACUUUCUUAAGUCACCGAGUGUCACUCCCAUUCCCUGAUGCAGAUCCCACAGGCCUAUGAAGAGAUAAUGAAGAAACUGUGCACCAUUGCUGUACAACAGAAGUUGCCAGCCCAUUUCAGUAACUCGGAGACAGGCAUGUAUGCAAACAUUUUCCAUCAUCUCAUCUCAUUCAGCAGUGACUGACAGUGCUCCCCAGUUUCCUCAUUUUGCUCUCUCCUUUUGCAUAGAGACAGGUUGUCUCUUUUCCAUUGCGUUCACUUCAGCUGAGACUCUCCCCUGGCUUUCAUCUUUCGUGAUGCUUAUCCACUAGGAGGAUAAACCUCUUGGAUACCAAUGCUAUGUAAACCCACCUUAAUGGCUAAGACUAAUGAAUGCAAUACUGUGCUCCACAGCCUCUCU